AUGCGCCUUCUGUUGCUGAUUCUCAUCGUGGGGUUGGGGUUUGGCCAAGAAAGGACUGGUAAGAUUUAAAAAUAUUGUUAUAGACGUUUGCUUUUAGCAUUUUACUACCAAAAAUACUUUUAAAAUCUGCGUUUCAGCAUAAUAUGCUUGAUUUUAAAUAUUUUCAAAAUUUUUUCGAAAUUUCAAAUUUCUGUUGCAGCCAUUUGUCUUGGGUAACAUGACCUUUAACUCGGAAUUGAAUUAGUCUCGGAAAUGUCCAUAAAAUCGGGCAAAUAAAAUAUGUAUAAUAUUUCCCCAGACUUGGCCCCAAAACUUUUGCAUUUCCGAGGGUUUUUCCGAAUUCCCUGAGGCGUUUCUGACAUCAUGACAGCGCCGCACAGAUCCCAUUGUUCAUGACAUCCAUGUUCAUCUACUGCGUCAUUACUGUACAAAAAACAAUGACCAGACUAUUUCCAGAAAAGCGAGAGAUAGGGGGAAUAGAGAGAGUGACAGAACAAGAGAUUAAAGGGAUUGAGAGAGUGUCAGAGAAAAGAGCAUAUUACACUUUAAAAUAGAAAGUCAUUGAUGUGACUUUAAACUGAUUAUGAGACAAUUCAGUUAUGUUAGAGAGCAGAAAGGACAUAACAAGAAAGGCAUAUAACUAAAAUUGGAUUUUUUUGAAAUUUUAAAAAUUUGUGAACUGUAAAUGCCUAAAAGUAAAAUAAUUUUGGAAAAAAUUUAAAAAAACGGCUAAUUCUUUCAGUACUACACAACUGUAACCCAACUGUACCAAACACGUGUGGCACAGCACCAGGAAGAUGCUUGGUUCUUGGUACUGGCAAUAGAUGUAGGUGUGGGCAUGGUAGAAUGGGCAUCGGGUGUCAAAGUAAGUACAACAUUUACAUUAACAUAAACAUAUACGCUUAUUUUACCGUGAUUUUUUAAUUUUGUUUUACAAAAACUGUUUUUACUAUUAUGUGUUGAAACAUAUCUUCAUCUUGAUAUGCUACAUAAAUUGCUAUUGUAAUGUGGCUACUAUAAUAUACUAAAGAUAAGAAAAUUCAAAAAAUAUGAACGUGAAGUAUAUGUUUAGGACCAUGCCAAGACGUGUACAGAUCAUGUGGAAGAUGGAAGGAAGAAGGUAGAUGCGAAUGGGGCAGCUUCAUAUUACCCUUCUUCGAAGACAACUGUGCCAAAUCUUGCGGUGUUUGUAGCAAUGAUGGCAGAGGUAAAUAGACGUUAUUACGUUAACUAUAUGAUUUUAAAAGCAUAAUUUACGUUUGAUGAAGAAUUGUUACCUAAUGUUUGUCUUUUGCUCAUAUUUUUCAUGUCUAAUUGAUCUUAUUUACCAGUCAUAAUAUUUUAGUGCUCGCCAAAGCCCUGCCAGUUGGUCUAGAGCCUUUGUCAUGGCUAGUUGGACGAUGGGAGACUAAAGCCAGUAACAAUCUUCGUUUCCCAACAUCAAUGGUGUCUCACCAUGGUUACCACGAAGUGCUAGAUAUUCAACUGAACGAGGUCAACAUGUUCGAUCGACCGACUUUGAACAUAAGGUAAGUCCAGUAGUUAUUCUUUAUCUAUAAAACACAAAAAGAUCCUUUUGAAAAUUGGCCGUUGUAUAAAAUGACAAUUUUUAUCAUAUCUUUUGUCUAAACGUCCAUAGAACGCCCAUCUUUGUAAAAUAGUUAGUUGCACUAGUUUUCCUCUUACCUACCCCACCCUGCCCCGUGUUUUCCGCAACAUAACCGUAGAUCAGGCUAAUUGCCGUAGUCAUUCUCGGUUAAUGUGUCCUUUUCCGGUCGUAUUUGGGUCGUUUUACGGGCAUGUCAUAAAUCAUCACGUUUCGUUUGAGAGCACUUGAAGUUCGAAAAGUUGCGGCCGAAACAUUGGGCUUCAUAUCAUCGUGAAGCAAUUAUGUCAUGACGCGGAUUUGUUUUGCGUUUUAAAUUUACUCAAAAAUAACGGCCUCCGGGGACAUAACAAAGUCAUAACACGGCUCUGGUUGUUGGUAGAAUGGAGGAAAAGUGAAUCAAGUACUAUCGAAUGGAACAGAGUUUAGAGCUGUCAUAAAUUAAAGCUCGAAUUAUGAGUAUGUCAACUCAAAAAAGUAAAACAUAUAAUUUUAAAGUACGUUAAAAAUUCUUGUCGCUUCCUACCAUGAAAAACAUUGCAAAAUAACGCCAAAACUUUUGUGACUAGUACCAAACAUCCAUCACAGUAUCUAAAUUCUAGUGUCAAGGCCAAGUCCCCCUUCGAAGAACACAAUGAGCUCGGUUUCGUCACCAUGAAGCCGGCCAAAGAGGACACCGGCUUCGCCAAAACUCGCGAAGAUCUUCAACAACGUCGCGACCUUGUAGCCAUCGAAAUGACUUCAAACACAGGUGUGGCUACAAUCGAGGAGGGAAUCUUGGCCCCAUUCCAACUGGUGCUUCAUGUCACUCACAAAGUGGCAUUAGACUUGGCCGAUCCCGGCUUCGUCACCGUAAGUGUCUGAUUGAGCCAAUUACAAUAUAAACAAGGCCAUAGACAACGAGCAGUGGUCUUUAUCUAGAUAAACUAUACUUGGUCUUGACUUAUUAUAGUAUCACUCUUGGUAUGAUUCAUUAUAUUAGGUGCCGGCAAAAGUUUUUCCACGAUUUUUGUUUUUACCAAAAUUUAAUAUUUAAAAAAAAGAACAUCAACUAAUGAACAAAUAUAUGUACCGUUAUUAUCAACGACCUGUUGCCAUUCCUUCGGCAGCAUUUGGAUUCAACUUCUAUAGAAACCUGGAGUUUGAGAACUGAAAAAGUUAGCCCAUCACCUCUUGAGGUACUCUCGAUUGUUAAAGUGUGUUGCGUUCAGGUGGUUUUGAAGAGAGUGGAACAUAUUAUAAUCUGUAGGCACAACAUCAGUUGAGUACAGUGCAUAUAGCAUCACAGCCCAGCCGAAGCUUUUCAGCUUGUGGUGGGUCAACUUUGUCACAUAGGCGCGAGCAGUAUCAUGAAUGAAGAAGGUUCUAUCCUGUUCACCAUGCAAUGCCGCCGCAACAGAUUUAAUUUGUCUACAGUAGACAACUACAGGAAUCGUAGUUCCAUGUGGUACCAUUUCCUAGUACAAUACCUGUUGAGUUCCAGCUAACUUAUCUGAUCAUCUCCUCCAGUGGCCACUGCAGCGGUUGUAGAUCAGGUUUUGGAGUUGAUACACUCUGUUCUCUACGUCCACGCCAUUGUUUCUUCCUGGUGUGAUUAACAUACAGUACCCACUUCUCAUCCCCAGUAACCAAAUUGCCAAGCCAUGCAAAGGUCCUUGGGAACAUCAACAAAUAAGUGCAACUUCCACUUAGCGUUUCAGCUGGCCGCUGUUCAAAUCAUGUGGAACCCCUUGACCAUAUUUCCAUGAUCUUCUAAAGGGCGUGAAGUCUAGUUAAUAUGGUAGAAGGAUCACACUGAAGCUCUACAGUCAAAUGAGUACAGGUUUGUCUGGGGUCUUCUUCAAUCAGCUUCAGAAAGUGGGGUUUCUUCAACGCUGAUGGUCUACCAUAUCGAACUUUUCGGACAGGUCAAAGUCACCGUUUUUGAACUUGUGGAACCAAACUUUUGUGGUGUCGUAAGAGACAACUGAAGGUCCUACAGCACUGCAUAUUUCCUUCGUCGCUCUUGUUGCGUUGCCGGGAUUGCGGAAUUUGAGAAGCAACACUGCCCAAACAUGGUCAUGUUUCACCUUGAUUUCCUGAACCAUCGUAAACAACAGAAUGCUUGAACAUGCAAUAGUUUUUAGUCCUUGGACAACUCUUUAUAUAGGUUAUCAACAGAAACUUCUAGAACUGUCUAUAAUUUUUUGGUAAAUUUUUGAAAAAUUGUGGAAAAACUUUUGCCGGCACCUAAUAUUAUGUUACACUUGGCCUUGGAGGAUUUAAGACAACAUUACCGAGUUUUGACAUAUUGUAGUAGACAUUGGCUUUGAUACGUUAUAGAUCAUUUUUAAUUAGUUUCUUUGAAAAAAGAAGAAUUCUAGUAAUAGAACGAUUAAAAAACGCUUAAAAUUUGCAUCUUCCUUUAGGCCCGUCGCCGCUUCAUCCAACGUGCUCGCGGCACGCUGGACGAGAUGGUCGUGAUCCAAGACUCGCGAGGUCAGAUGCGCACCUUCGUGAAGCGAUUCCGGAAGACCUUCGACUAUCUGAGAGACUUCAGACGAACGGUCGACAACGACCUCGGACUGCGAGAUGACUGA